AUGGAUGCAAGUCCCGUUACGGAUACAUCUCCGCGACCGAAACAAGUUUGUCAAUAUUCGAAUUACAAAGUUCUAUGGAUUUAUCAACGGCUAUACAUAAAAAAGAAAAGUCGCGCAUGGUGGAACAGUUGCGUCCUUACUUCCUAUCUAAUACGGUACUAUUCUCGGGAACGAUACACAUCGAACUCAAAAGAGUUUCAAUGA